UAUUGGUGUUGGUAAAUGAAAUUGUAGAAGAUAAUCUUGAUGAUAGAACCGAAGAAAAUCGGCCAAAAAGAUUACUUGAUAAUGAAGAAGACAUAGCAAGAACGAUCAAAAGGAUUGAAAAUAAGGAUAUAUAUAUUACUGACAGAUUAUCAAAUCGCGGCGAAAAAAAUUUACCAUUAAUUUUCUCUUUAAAACAAAAUUUCAAGACUCACGAAAUGGUUCGUUUUUCAAAAGAAGUUCCGUAUCAAGAUGUUCAACCUCAAAGUACAAUUUUUAAACCUAUGCAAGGAAUGUUUCGAAAGGGAGUUCAAUAUAACAUGAAAAUUAUAAUACGUGGUGAUAUUCGAACCGGAAAGACUACAUUAUUUAAUCGACUACAAGGAGAUUCAUUUAAAGAAGAUUAUGUCACAACACCACAGAUUCAAGUUGCAAACAUACAAUGGAAUUAUAAUCAGACAAAUGAUGUCAUCAAAGUGGAAAUUUGGGAUGUAGUUGAUAAGGGAAUUAAUCCAGCGUCUAUUAGUAAAAGACCUAAUUUAUCAGAUGGCACUGGACUAAAGAUAGAAAAUGAUCAAGUCGCAUCAACUUCACCCGUACAACAGGCAACAGAAUUAUCACCGGAUCAACUUACACUUGAUGCAGCAACAAUUAAUGUAUAUCGAAAUACUCAUGGUAUCAUCUUAUUGUUUGAUAUAACUAAGACUUGGACAUUUGAUUAUGCCAUUAAAGAAUUAAAAUCGAUCCCGAGGAAUAUGGCCGUAUUACUUUUAGGUAAUUUUAGUGAUUUAAGUUCGCAACGUGCGAUCCCCCAAUCACAAGUUUAUCAGGCUAUAGCAGAUUGUAAUAGAAUUAGGGUGACUGAAUAUCCUACAGCGAACAUGAUUCGUUAUGUUGAAACAAGUAUGCUUACCGGAUUUGGAUUGGAAUAUAUACAUAAAUAUUUUGGAGUUCCUUUCUUGCAAUUACAGAGAGACAUACUUCGACAACAAUUGGAAUUAAAGACAAAAGAGUUGGCUACCCUUUUAGAUACACUUGAUAAUUGUGAACAAAUUCCAAGUUCUGCUCGCAAACUUCCGGAACCUAAACAAAUGGAAGAUAAUUUUGUGCAAGAAAAAUCAUCUUUGAAAGAACAAUGGGAAAAAGAUUUUCAAGAUUUUUCUCAAGUAUCUGGUGCUGAAAUUACGGACGAAAUUGUUAAGCCAUUAUCACCAAAGUUAAAUUUAAGUCAAAGCACUUCAUCUUCGCUCAAAUCAAAACUUAAAGCAGCAACACCUGAUAUAGCUAUCAUUGAAGAUUUUGAUGCAGGAAAACUUGAGGAUGAUUUCUUUGAUGAUACUUCUGAUCCAAGUUUUGUUCAAUCCCUUAAUCUUCCAUCAAAAGUUGAUGUACAGAAACAAGAUGAUUUUGAUUUAUCAAAUCCAAUGGUUACUGCUGAUGAAGAUCUUGUUGGGGAUGUGUAUAAUGAUAUGGAAGAAACUGAAGGUGGUAAUAAAACUACUAAUAUUCGUCAGUCACUCGGCUUUAAUGGUGAUUUGAACGAUGUUUGGAAACUCCGUCAUACUAGUAAUUCUUCUGCCAUUAUUGCUAGCGAUAGUAGUGAUGAUGAUUUAAUAACAGGUGCAAAGCACAUGAACUUACUGGAACGUAGACCUUCGAAUGCAACAUCUCUAAUUGAAAAAUCACGAUUGAGUCAAGAAUUAAGAGCAUUAAGAGAAGAAAGUAACUUUUUAGAUCCUGAAACAUCCAAAUAUCCGGAACAUGUUCUAUCGAUGAUUAAUAAUCCUUAUUUGGAAUCAGAUAAUACGGGAGUAUCAAACUCAUCAAAAGUACAUCAUUCUUUUGACAUGGAAGAAUAUACACCUAUGACUUUCGGAACCCCAAGUGCUUAUGAAGAGAUAGGUGAAGGUCAAGAUAAUCCUUGGUUGGAAGGAGAUUCUAAUCAACAAAUUAAAGAUGCGAAUAUUUCUUCACCAACGACUCAAUCACGUGAAUUAGUUUUCAAUUAUCCGGUAGAACAAAAGUCCUCAAAUGAUCACCUAAAUCGUAAUUCAGAGUCAGCAAAAGAUGAAAUGCAUCAUAAAAACCUUCAUCUGCAUCACCCUAAACCAUUUGAUGAGGAAUUAAUAUCAUCUUCCCCAUGGGGAGGAUUGAAUAAAUCAAACAUACAAAGUUUACAAAAUACAGAGGAUUCAUUAUUGGAUGCUUAUAUCAAAAGUAUGAAGAAAGAGAAGACGAAAGAACAAUCAAUUACGGAGACAGCAAAUAAAAUACCAAAGAAGAAAAAGAAGAAAAAAUCAAAAGAUUCUAAUACGAAAGAGGAGAAUAAUAAUGAAACAAAAAAAGAAAAAUCUAAAAAGAAAAAACAAAAAAGUAUUGAAGGUGAAGUUAAUGGUGGAUUGACUUUCAGAGAAAAGAAAACGAGUACUAAAAAGGCAGUUACAAAAUAA